UUCGUUUUCUCAUUGUUCGGCUGAUUUCCUUCUCCCGUUGAAGUUGCAGUUUCCCAUCUCUCCGUCUUCAAGAUGCAGAUCUUUGUGAAAACCCUGACUGGUAAGACCAUCACUCUCGAGGUUGAGAGUUCUGAUACCAUCGACAAUGUUAAGGCCAAGAUCCAAGACAAGGAAGGUAUCCCUCCUGAUCAGCAGCGUCUGAUCUUUGCUGGGAAGCAGCUUGAAGAUGGCCGUACCCUUGCUGAUUAUAACAUCCAGAAGGAGUCUACCCUCCACCUGGUCCUCCGUCUCCGUGGUGGCAUGCAGAUCUUUGUCAAAACCCUCACUGGAAAGACCAUCACUCUUGAGGUAGAGAGCUCUGACACUAUUGACAAUGUCAAGGCUAAGAUCCAGGACAAGGAGGGAAUCCCACCAGACCAGCAAAGACUUAUCUUUGCCGGCAAACAGCUUGAGGAUGGACGCACACUGGCGGAUUACAACAUCCAGAAGGAAUCCACUCUUCACCUUGUGCUAAGGCUCCGUGGAGGCAUGCAGAUUUUUGUCAAGACAUUGACUGGGAAAACAAUUACCCUUGAGGUUGAGAGCUCGGAUACCAUUGACAACGUCAAGGCCAAGAUCCAAGACAAGGAAGGAAUCCCACCGGACCAGCAAAGGCUCAUCUUUGCCGGCAAACAGCUUGAGGAUGGACGCACCCUUGCUGAUUAUAACAUCCAGAAGGAAUCCACCCUCCACCUUGUCCUCAGGCUCCGUGGAGGCAUGCAGAUUUUUGUCAAGACCCUGACUGGCAAGACGAUAACCCUAGAGGUGGAGAGUUCUGAUACCAUUGACAAUGUCAAGGCAAAGAUUCAGGAUAAGGAGGGUAUCCCACCAGAUCAGCAGAGGUUGAUCUUUGCAGGGAAGCAGUUGGAGGAUGGGAGGACUCUUGCGGAUUAUAACAUCCAGAAGGAGUCUACCCUCCACCUUGUGCUUCGUCUCCGUGGUGGUGAUUUCUAAAGGGUGUUAUUGGUGUCCUUAACUAUGUUUACUAUAUUCAAUAACGUGGUUGUCUGUCUGGCACUGUUAAGUGACUUUGCUUUAUAACUAUGUUGAACUAAGUAUCUGCAGUGGCCAUUAGGUCAUGCUUUAUCUUAUAAAAUAUAUCUAGUUCCAUUAU